AAGGGGGGAAAAAACCAGAGGGAGAUAUGGAGAUCAAUCAUUUCAGUCACGAGCACCCGUUGAGCCUCAUUCAAAGUGAGAAGAAAAUCAGAAGAGAGUACAGGGAGAACAUUAGAUGCGAAGGGUGCGAGAAAUUGUGCACCUUUCCGCUCUAUGCUUGUGCGGAAUGCUCGUUCUAUCUGCACAAGUCAUGCGCAGAGUUGCCGGAAGAGUUCCAAAAUCCCUUUCACUCACAUCCUCUCACGCUAGUCUUUGAUGUGGAUAUAUCAUUUGCCUGCCAGGCUUGUUUCAAAGGAUGCAAUGGGAUCCACUUCCACUGCGAGGUAUGCAAUAUUGACCUGGAUGUCGAUUGUGCUCUUCUAAAGCCCACUGUAGAAGAAGGGUCUAAGCAACUACAACACUUCACCCACUUCCAUCCAUUGGCACUCGUUGACAAAGUUACUCGUCGUGUCAAGUGCCUUGUAUGUGGGGAACAUUGCUUGGGUCCUUGCUAUGGCUGUGAACCUUGCGGCAUCUUUCUUCACCAACCAUGUGCUGAAUUCGAGUACCCACCAGAGAUCCCGCACCAUAUUCAUCCAUGCCCUCUCGCCCUGCAAACUCGAGUACAUUCCUUUCGCUGCCGAGCCUGUGACACUUGUAUGCUGGGCAUUUGUUAUCAUUGUGAGUUGUGUAAAUUCUCCAUUGAUGUUGAAUGUGCUCUAUUGAGGCGCAUUGUGUCCGAAGACCAAACGCAGAUUAAACAUUUUAGCCAUCGGCAUCCCCUUUUCCGUAGGAAAUUAGAUGACCGUGACAAAUUAAUUAAUUGCUUUGCAUGUGGAAAAGACUGCUCAGGACGACCAAUCUAUGUUUGCAGCCAAUCGGAAUUUGCACUCCAUGAAUUCUGUGCUUCGGUUGAGCCGAAGAUCUAUAACCUCCUUCACCCACAACACCCUCUAGCCCUUGUGGUGAGAACAACUGAGGAAUAUACAACCCAAGAAGGAUUUCGAUGCAAUGUGUGCUUUGACGGCUGCAAUGACUUAACCUACCGAUGUGCACCGUGUAACUUUAACUUGCAUUAUCAUGAAUGCUCUAUACUAUUUCCCACAAUAAAAUAUGAAGGUCACAGACACCUUCUCUUAUAUGUGGAGAAGAUAGGCCCUGGAGGUAAGUGCAACGCCUGUGACGGCCACUGUGAUUCUUCGCUACUCCGUUGCCCUCAGUGCAAUUUCAAUCUCCAUCUUCGUUGUUCUCCAUUACCAUAUACCAUCAAACACAACUGUCAUAUAGAUUCUCUCAUCCUCGAAGAAUCCCCCGCUGAAGACGAAAUAGAUUCUCUCAUCCUCAAAGAAUUCCCCGUUGAAGACGAUUCAGAUGAGGAAUUCUACUGCAAUGUUUGUGAGGAGAAAAGAGAGGAGCGACGACAUCCCAUUUAUUAUUGCGCAGAUUGUCCAUUUGUAGCUGAGGUCUCAUGUGUGAUCUCUGAGGUUGUACGGUGGCUAAAGGGAGAAUAUGGGGAUGUGGAUUUGAAGACGCCUGAAGGAAAAUUUGCUGGAAAGGUCAUUAGCAAAAGGCAGGAGGUGGAUAAGAUAUGUAAAACAGAAGCAGCACAAGCAAUCCCAAUAUGGAGAAAGCCAGAAGUAGAAAAAGUGGAGGUUAAGCAUCAUUUAUCACUCUCAGAUCAUCUACUUAAUUUUUUCAGUCAGAUAUGCCAAAAGGAAGAGGCACAAGCAAUCAAAACCUCGGGUCAUAGAUCAAGGCCUUUCACUGAAGAGGAGAAACAAGAAUUGGAACAUAUUUUAUUGACUAGAGAAGUGGAAACGAGUAGCGCUGGAAAGAUAUCGUUUGAUGUGCAGGAUAGCUUAGAUAUUUCCAUCUAUUGGGACAAGGAAUAUAAAGAGCUUUUGCAAAAGCUUGAUUCCAGCCAAGCUAAGGAUUAUAUGGAAUUUUGGGAAGAAAAGGAGGAGCUUGUUAAAGUUAGGGAUUACUUGGUGCCUGAGAGCUUGGUCCCUAUCCUGGAAAGUUUGUUUGCCAAAUAUGGGGAUGUCAGUGAUGAUACCCAAUCUCCUAGGGUAAAGAUGUUUCUGUUUGUCAUAUUAUGUCGGACUAUAGACAGCAUGUGCAAAACCAAGGUUUUGGACAUCUCAGAAGGUCAAUUAAUCAAUUGGUGGAAGUACUUGAAAGCCUUGCAAUCUGCGGGGUUCAAAAUUCAGUUUGCUUUGGAUCGUUUGCAUAGAGUUGUGCGUGCUUACAUUGGACUCCAGCUUCAAGAACGAGUAACCAAAAACCGUUCAUAUCUUGAUGAAGAAAUUAGUAAGAAAUCUGAAGAAGUCGAGAACCUUGAGAAAACGUUGGAUGCUCUUAAGGUCAGACGAAAGCAGAUAUCUGAAGAAUCUGUGAGAAAGUCAAGCUCAGCUGGGGAGUGCUUGAGAGAGGCCACCAAAUUGAAGUGGAGGAAAGCUGGUGAGUGCCUACAGCCAAAUAAGCUCAGGUAGAAAUUUCUGUAGAAGAUUUUCUUCUCUAUGUUUUUCCCCCUUUCUUUUUAAGAUCCUUAAAUUUAAGCAUUUUCUCAGUGGUCACAUUAUAUGAAAGUAAUUAAUUGUGUUGGUGUUAAGUGAACCACAACUUUGACAAUGCCGAAGAUUGUAUGUCAAUUACCACUAAAAUCUGUAUCUUGUAGGUGAACACUUAAAAGAAGCUGCUGUGUUUUCCAUUGUACAUCCCUAUCACCUUCAUUAUUAUGCAAAGGAAAUGGCAUAGUUGUAGUUUACUAGUUUAUUGAAUUUGCAUACAAAAAACUGAAGUAGGGUGAGAACAAAAUGUAAUCUCAGACAUGUUUGUUGAUGUUACAUUGUCUUGAAUAUCUUGGCCUCCUUCUAGGAUUUGGGAUCAAAUGCCAAAUGCAUCAAGGAUUGAGA